GGGCAGGCAAAGGACUUUGUCAGUUGGGCAGGGAGGAGAGAUGGCAGUGCUGAAUGCACACAGCGUCUUGGUGACUGGGUCAAAUAGGGGCAUUGGUCUGGAGCUGGUCAGGCAGCUGGUGGAGAAAAGCAACCGGCCAGAAUGGAUCUUUGCCACCUGCCGGGAUCCAGAUGGACCACAUGCCCAGGACUUGAAGAAUUUGGCUGCCAAGCAUCAGGGAGUGGAGAUCAUCACACUGGACACUUGUGAUCCAUCCAGCAUCCAGGCUGCUGCUGCCAGAGUCACCGAGCGGCUGAAAGGAGCUGGAUUGAAUCUUUUGAUAAACAAUGCUGGGAUUUUAAAGCUAAACCCUUUAGAGUCAGAGAACCCAGAAGACAUGUCUGAGGUGUACAGAACCAAUGUGAUUGGCCCCAUGAUGAUGAGCCAGGCAUUCCUGCCCUUGCUGAGGAAAGCAUCUCAGCAAUGUCCCCAGAAAGGGAUGAGCUGCAGCAAAGCUGCCAUUGUCAAUGUAAGCAGUUUGGGUGGCUCCAUCACUGAUGCCUUCUUGUGGAAUAAGGCUGAAGGUAUCUGUUACCGUUGCAGCAAGGCUGCUCUAAAUAUGCUCACACGGUGCCAGUCCCUGGGAUUUGCCAAAGAUGAGAUCCUGUGCAUUGCAUUGCAUCCUGGGUGGGUGCAGACAGACAUGGGAAAACAAACAGGACAACCCGUCUUGACAGUGGAUGGGAGUGUGCAGGACAUCUUGAAAACCCUUCCCCGUCUCUCUGAGAAAGAUAAUAGUGCCUUUGUGGACUGGGAGGGCAAAGUCCUUCCUUGGUGAGCCCAAGACAUUUCUGCUGCCUGAGAUGGAGCAGCAAAAGGUGUCCCCUCUCAGGGUGCACAGUCUCCGAGACUGGUCAAGUGAGGCUGAAGAUGGUGCCUCUCUCCUUCCAUGGCGAUGCAAAUGCAACAAAAAUAAAUGACAUAACUAACAA